AUGGCAACAAUCUUCUCGCUGCCCCCAUCCUUGGAGCCUCUGCAGAUGUCCUCUCUGGUUGUCACGGCAACAGACUCCCCCCGGCAGGAAGACUUGCCCACGACCUUCACAGCUUCCGUAGAUGCAACUCUCUCAGUUGCCUUGGAGACCGGACGGAUCCCGGCAUUGCGCGCGCCUCCCGGCCGCCAGGGGCCGCCCUCGACCCCGGGGCGGCGCUCUAGGCCCCAAAGCCAGUACGGGGUCCGCUUCCGGUCGCGAAGGCGGAAGAGGCUUCUCCAUGCGGCCCGGCUCGUCUCUAUGGUGCCCUCCUUCCCCGGGAGCCGCCGGAUCAUCUCGCCCUUGGGCCGCCCGAGGAGGGAGGAGGGAAGGAGAGGCAUGACCCAGCAGAGAGGCUUUGGGGGGAGGGGCUCAGUGGCCGUUGCCAUCCGAGCACCGAAGGGGGCUGGUUCCCAAGGGCAGGAGCAACCUGGUCAAGCCAAGUACCUGGCACAGAUCGUCCUCGUGGGGGUGCAGGUGGUGGGCAGAGCCUUUGCCCGGGCGCUGCGGCAGGAGUUCGCAGCCAGCCAAGCAGCGGCAGACGCGCGAGGGCGCUCAGGGCCUCAGUCGGAAGCAGCCUCCAGCAUCUCUGGCCUCAGCCUGCAGGAGGCCCAGCAGAUCCUCAAUGUCUGCAAGCUCAACCCAGAGGACAUUCAGAAGAACUACGAGCAUUUAUUCAAGGUGAACGACAAAUCCGUGGGGGGUUCUUUCUACCUGCAGUCCAAGGUGGUGAGAGCCAAGGAGCGCCUGGACGAAGAGCUGCGGAUCCAGUCGCAGCAGCGGCGAGAACAAGACGCAGAGCGCAAGCCAGACACGUAGCAGAGCCCAUUCCCACCGGCCUCCUCCUCUAAAGUAUAGCUAGCCAAUAAAUUGCCCUUGUGUA